AAAAUUACAUAAUAUUUCCAAAAAUUUUCUACACACACUAUUCUUGAGAAAUACGAAAAGCAACAAGUAUCAUAUACUACUAGUAAAACCCUUGAACCAAGUUCGAUACUCCCAUUACAGCUUAUCGGAUUCAUUCACAUCUUCAUCUUCCUCCGGAUCUGUUCAAGUUUUGGGAAUGACUAAGUCGUUGGAUGUUCCUCCUAAGGGCGGGUUCAGUUUCGAUCUCUGCAGAAGAAAUGAUAUGCUGGAAAAGAAGGGUCUCAAACCCCCUUCUUAUUUGAAGACUGGAACCACUAUUGUUGGUUUAGUUUUCCAGGAUGGUAUCAUUCUUGGAGCAGAUACCAGGGCAACUGAAGGACCCAUUGUCGCUGAUAAAAAUUGUGAGAAGAUUCAUUAUAUGGCUCCUAACAUAUAUUGUUGUGGAGCAGGCACUGCUGCUGAUACAGAGGCAGUAACAGACAUGGUUAGCUCACAGCUGCAACUACAUCGCUAUCAUACUGGAAGAGAAUCAAGAGUUGUUACCGCACUGACUCUUCUUAAGAGACACCUUUUCAAUUACCAAGGUCAUGUCUCAGCUGCAUUAGUUCUUGGUGGGGUUGACAUCACUGGACCACAUUUACAUACUAUCUAUCCACAUGGGUCAACUGACACCCUUCCAUUUGCUACGAUGGGAUCUGGUUCUCUUGCUGCAAUGUCUGUAUUUGAGUCUAAAUACAAGGAAAGCUUGAGUAGGGACGAAGGCGUUAAGAUAGUUGUUGAGGCGAUAUGUGCUGGUAUAUUUAAUGACUUGGGAAGUGGAAGUAAUGUUGAUGUUUGUGUGAUAACCAAGGGACAUAAGGAAUAUCUAAGGAAUCACCUCCAGCCAAAUCCCCGUACUUUUGUCAAUCCAAGAGGCUUUACCUUCUCCAAAAAGACUGAGGUUCUCUCGACAAAGAUUACUCCUUUGAAGGAGAAGGUUGAAGUAAUUGAAGGAGAUGCUAUGGAAGAGUAGUAAAAAUGGAUGUUUCAAACUUGAUUAGUGCAAUGUCUGAAACUUGUGAUGUUAUAAUUGUACUCUCAUAAGCUUUUUUUUUUUACCUACAAUGAUUUUUACUUGUUAGAUUAUAUGAACUAUAAAUUUCAUCA